CAGUAAUCCCAUUCAUUCAAUUUCUCGCGAAAUCAAAAGUAAAAAUGCGUGAGAUUUUGCACAUUCAGGGAGGCCAAUGUGGGAACCAGAUCGGAGCUAAGUUCUGGGAGGUUGUGUGUGCCGAGCACGGAAUUGAUUCCACCGGAAGGUACAAAGGAGAGAGUGACCUUCAAUUGGAGCGCGUGAAUGUCUACUACAACGAGGCAAGUUGUGGAAGGUUCGUUCCACGCGCCGUCCUCAUGGACUUGGAGCCGGGAACCAUGGACAGCGUUAGAUCAGGUCCUUAUGGUCAGAUAUUCCGGCCGGAUAACUUCGUCUUUGGUCAGUCUGGUGCUGGUAAUAAUUGGGCCAAAGGACACUAUACUGAAGGAGCGGAACUUAUCGACUCGGUUAUGGAUGUUGUAAGGAAGGAGGCUGAGAACAGUGAUUGCUUACAAGGUUUUCAGGUUUGUCAUUCUUUGGGAGGUGGAACUGGAUCAGGAAUGGGAACUCUCCUCAUAUCUAAGAUCAGGGAAGAGUACCCAGACAGAAUGAUGCUUACUUUCUCUGUGUUUCCUUCCCCGAAAGUUUCUGACACUGUUGUUGAGCCCUAUAAUGCUACUCUCUCUGUUCACCAGCUUGUUGAGAAUGCAGAUGAGUGCAUGGUUUUGGACAAUGAAGCUCUUUAUGACAUUUGCUUCCGAACUCUCAAACUUACUACUCCAAGCUUUGGAGAUCUUAAUCAUUUGAUUUCUGCCACCAUGAGUGGUGUGACUUGCUGUCUCCGGUUCCCUGGUCAGCUCAAUUCUGAUCUCCGCAAGCUUGCUGUCAACCUCAUCCCAUUUCCUCGGUUGCAUUUCUUCAUGGUUGGAUUUGCUCCUCUCACUUCUCGUGGGUCACAGCAAUACAGAGCCCUGACUGUUCCUGAGCUCACUCAACAGAUGUGGGAUUCAAAAAACAUGAUGUGUGCUGCUGAUCCUCGUCAUGGUCGUUAUCUGACUGCUUCAGCGAUGUUCCGGGGAAAAAUGAGCACCAAGGAAGUUGAUGAGCAAAUGAUUAAUGUGCAGAACAAGAACUCUUCCUAUUUUGUGGAGUGGAUUCCUAACAAUGUGAAGUCUACCGUCUGUGACAUCCCUCCAACUGGACUGAAGAUGGCCUCAACUUUUAUUGGCAAUUCCACCUCAAUUCAGGAGAUGUUCCGUAGGGUCAGCGAGCAGUUUACAGCAAUGUUUCGAAGAAAGGCUUUCUUGCACUGGUACACUGGAGAAGGUAUGGAUGAGAUGGAGUUUACAGAGGCUGAAAGCAACAUGAACGAUCUAGUUUCUGAGUACCAGCAAUAUCAAGAUGCAUCAGCUGAGGAGGAAGGUUAUGACUACGAAGACGAGGAUGAAGAAGGUCAAGAAGCUUAACCAAUUCAGCUGGUGGAAAAUUUUCGAGUGCUGUUUAUGUAGUCGUCCCACUCUUCAUUCUUUUAAAUGUUUUAGGGUUUGGAUUUUUGUUUUGCAUGUGACAUCGUGGUGGGACAGUUGCUCAAUCCCAUGUAGUUAUAGUUGGUGUUGCUUCACAUACCUAUCACUGUAAUCUAGCUCAUUGUAUUCUUAUUAUAGUACCAAUAUUUUGUGACUAAGGGAAUUGUGGCUCGCUUCAAAAA